ACAUUUGAAAAUCCAAAAUCAUCUGUUUCCCUUAUUUGUCUCAUUUAUUUUCCUUCUUUUGUUGGGUAAAAAUCCCCAAUGGAUUGCUAGGGCAAGAGUUAGUCUUUUUGCUUACUGAUUCCUAUAACUAUAUGCCAAGAAUAUCUAAGAAACAUAUCAUAUUGCUGUUACAUUAUCUUCUCUUUGAAUGGGGUUGACAAAGAUUUUACCCAGUCCUCUUCCCCCAAUAUAUUUUAUUUACUAUGUUUGCAGAAGCUUAUAAUUAUGAAAAACAUCGAUGCUGGCGCUGCUGUUAGAAUAAAGCAGUAGAUUUUGGUCAUCAUUUCAACUUUUCAAGAGUCUGUAAUUAAAAGUUGACUUUGUAGACCAGAUCGAGGACAUUUUGAUUUAUCUCUUCUCCUUCUAUUACGAUCAUUUCGUUACUGAGGACAAAGAAUUGUUUAAGAUCUAUGCCAUAAACCGCAUUAACAUCCAAAAUCUCUGUCCUCAUCAUAUUAUUCCUUUUCUUGAACAAUUCUCUUCGUGCAUUUAUCAUUAUUUAAUAUGGUGUCAACAAAAGAGAAAUACCAAUAUUCUAUAGCCUUACAUAUCAAGCUCUUGGCUCUCAAAAUUAUAAGUUUACGCAAAGUAAUCUCAUCUUUUGUCAUCUUCACCUUAAUUUUAUUCACCGGCACAAUGCUAUUAUAUAACCUCCAAUCCUAUCUCCACCUCAACAUAAUAUCUCCUCCACUAGCAAUCCCAACAUUUGAUGAUAAAGAUGAAGCAUUACUCAUGAACCAGACCACAAGAACAGAUUUACACGAUGUGAGGCAUAACAUGGAUGAUAAAGAGUUGCUUUGGAGAGCUUCUAUAUUACCGAACAUAAGCCAAUACCCAUUAAAAAUCACUCCAAAAGUCGCCUUCAUGUUCUUGACAAGAGGUGAUUUGGAGCUGGCUCCUUUAUGGGACAGGUUCUUCAAAGGGCACGAAGGCUUUUACUCCGUCUAUGUUCAUUCCUCCACUCCCUCUUUCAACAAAACAAUGCCUACAAAAUCUGCCUUUUAUAACAGAUGGAUUCCUAGUAAGGAAGUAGAAUGGGGAGGUGCUAGCAUGGUUGAUGCCGAAAGGCGCCUACUAGCCAAUGCUUUACUUGACUUUUCAAACAAACGUUUUAUUCUACUCUCUGAGUCAUGCAUUCCCCUAUAUAACUUCUCUAUAGUGUACAACUAUGUCAUGGGCACAACCAAAGCCUUUCUAGAGGUUUUUGACUCCGAUACCACGGUCGGCCGGGGCAGGUACAAUAUCAAAAUGAGCCCACUCAUUACGCUGCAGCAAUGGCGAAAGGGUUCACAGUGGUUCGCUAUAGACCGAACCUUAGCAAUGGAGGUUGUUUCAGACCAAAAAUACUUUGAUCUCUUUGUGAGGUUUUGUCGUGGCAGAUGUAUCACUGAUGAACACUACCUUCCCACAUUUGUUAAUAUCAAGUUUGGGGAGAUAACUUUAAAUAGGUCAUUGACUUGGGUUGGAUGGAAAGCUUCUGGAUUGAUCCAACCCCAUCCAAGGAUGUUUGUCAGAGAAGAUGUGAAUAUUGAGUUAUUGGAAGGGCUUAGGCAUGGAACUAAAUGUGAGAACAACUGGAUGAGAACCAAUAUUUGCCAUUUGUUUGCAAGGAAAUUUGCACCCAACACAUUGGACAGGCUGUUGAGUACAGCUCCUACGUUAAUGGAAUUCAAUUGAUAUUAUAUAAAAUGCAAUAUUCUACUUAAUAAUGACAAUUGAUUUUAUAUAUAAUUAUGCCAGAAUAUAUCGUGGUCUCAUCAUUAGCUAUAUAUAUUAUUAUUCAUGACUUUUAAUUUCUCACUUAUUGGGGUAGGAAAUAUUUGUGUAAGUAAUUCUAUUACGAGAGCCUAAACAAUUCAUGUUCCAACAAA